AGGGAGUCGUUUUAUUGAAUUGCAGGAGUACAGCACUGACAGGCUGGGAGUACGAGCAAGCGGACGAGGCGCCAGUCGACGGGCGAACAAGGCAACAGAACAUCCAGCAUGGUGGGAAGGAGACGUGGCUCCAGAGCCAACAGCGGACCACACCGGCCCCAACAGCAAUGCAGUGGGGGACCCCGCAAGACUCUGAGGGAGCCAGCAUUAUUUGCCAAGAAAACAGGAUAUGAGUCAGAAGUUCCUCAUGAAAAGAUGACCAUCGCCCAGGCCAAGAGAGGCACUCCAGUCCGGCCAGUGCGAGUCUAUGCCGAUGGGAUCUUUGACCUCUUCCACUCUGGACACGCGCGUGCUCUGAUGCAAGCGAAGAACUUGUUCCCCAACACACAUCUCAUAGUGGGAGUCUGCAGUGAUGAACUCACACACAAGUAUAAGGGCUACACGGUGAUGACAGAGUCGGAGCGCUACGAAGCCCUGAUACACUGUCGCUAUGUGGAUGAGGUGGUACGGGACGCUCCCUGGACCCUCAGCCCUGACUUCCUGAAAAAACAUAAGAUUGACUUCGUGGCCCAUGACGAUAUCCCAUACACCUCUGCAGGAUCAGAGGAUGUCUACAAACACAUCAAGGAAGCAGGGAUGUUUGUGGCCACACAGAGGACAGACGGCAUCUCUACAUCCGACCUCAUCACCAGGAUAGUGAGAGACUAUGACCUUUAUGUCCGACGCAACCUGCAGAGAGGCUACACAGCCAGAGACCUCAACGUUAGCUUCAUCAGGGAGAAGAAAAUCCGUCUGCAGAACCAGGUGGAUCGUAUGAAGGAGACGGUGAAGACAGUGGAGGAGAAGUCCAAGCACUUUGUGUUCAAGGUGGAGGAGAAGAGCCAUGACCUCAUCCAGAAGUGGGAGGAGAAGUCACGGGAGUUCAUUGGGAAUUUCCUGGAGUUGUUUGGUCCAGAUGGAGCGUGGCAUGUGAUUCAGGAGCAGAGUGGGCGCAUGCUCCAGGCCCUGUCACCCUACGCGUCACCCGUUGCCUCGCCCCGUGGCUCCCCCAGCAGCAGCCCCACCAGAGGGCGAUCCCCAUCGCCCCCCUCCUCUCCCACAUCCCCUUCCUCCCGAUCCCCUCGUUCUCCCCGUUCCCCUCAUUCCUCUCCCACCUCCCCUUCCUCUCGCAAGGGUGCCUUUGCCUAUCCCUUAACCUUCCUCGGGGAUGACGAAUAGAGAUGGCACUGUCAUUCUCAAACAAACACAGACGCAAACACUCAGUGCACAUGGUUACUUUGUGCACUUUGUGUAUGUAAGAUGUCGCCCACAGUUUACCAUAUUUGUGUUAUUUGAUUGUGUAUGUUAAGGUAACUGAAUGCACUGUGGUAUCUCAAUCAGUUUACUCACUCCAUUCUCACUUCUGAUUCCUGUACCACACAAAAACAUACAAAUAAUACCACUUUUUCACUGUCUCCAUUUUGCAUCAACCAGGCUUUAUUUUUCUUUAGAAAUACUUAGUGAAACGCUCAAAUUUGCAUUCAGUUGUCUAUGAUAUGCAGUAAAAACAAAACAUUUCGGACAUUUUCUUUUUAAUAUUAAAUACAAAACAAUCA